AGACGAACAUAUCUUGCUAAUUAAGAAAGAUAAUUAAAAUAAAAAAAUAUGAAAAAUAAAAAAAGAUAACUAACUAUAAUAAAAGAUACGCUAAACUAAGAUCGAGGACCCUAUCAACAACCCAGUCUGUUUUACUCUAAAUUUUCAUCCAACCCCGAUUUCUCCGCCGGCAACGUUAUUCCUUUUUCCGACACCACCACCACCACACUAAGAGAAAUGACAGCUUGGGGUGCAGUUGUUUCUCUUAAGAAUACAAUUCUGCAUAUUGUGAAUUCUUCUUAUAUGUACCUUGUUGAGCCAUCUCAAUAUAUCAUACAACUCGCCUACGACGAGCUUCAGCCAUUGCAAGACAUCCUCAAACGCCUUGACACCACAAGCGUCAGCAAGAGCAGGACGAAGGUGAAUGCAUUGGAUAAACGAAUCAAAGAUACGAUAUGGAAAUUCGAAGACUCGCUGGAAUCUCUUGUCCGGGAGCAGAUUCUUUUGCAAUUUCCAGACCCUGAUCCACACCAACUAGAAUCCAUAAUAAACCUCCACAGAAGGAGAAGACGAAGGCGAAGACGAAGAAGAGGGUAUAGAGACAUAGCAAACUGGCUCAAAUCAAGAAGAAUGAUGAAUGAAUAUCAUCAGCCUUCACAAUUAUAUGAAAGAGAUGUAUUGUUAUUCUACAUUGAUUUGACGGAAACGCUAGACGAUGCCGUUUCCUUCAUCCAGAAUGUCAGAGAUACGAAGGAGGAAUACAUUAAUGAAUUAGCCAACUUGUCUGAAGAGAAAGAAGAAGAAGAAGACGACGAUGAAGAAUCCAUUUCCUCGAGAUUUGGUCUUCAUGGAACCAAGUCAAAGAUGAUUGGAUUAUCGGAUCAAUUCCAACAACUCAAAAGCAAAGUUAUUUGUGAUGGCAGGAAGCGUCUGCACGCGCUUGUUGGAAUGGCCGGGGUUGGGAAGACGGCUCUUGCUCGGGAAAUAUACGAAGAUCCCGAUGUCAUCACCCAUUUCGAGUGUCGUGUGUGGGUCUCAGUUGGGAGAAAAGUCCAACACAAUCAAGUUUCAAGAGGCAUUCUAGCUCAAAUGUGUGGAGCUACUACACAUGUUGAAGGAAGAUCGAAAUCCGAGAUGAAACGGAGUUUGGAGGGAAAGAAAUGUCUCAUUGUGGUGGAUGAUGUAUGGGAGAACCAGGUUUUGAAAUCCUUGAUUAGUUCCAUACCAAUGGCCAAAGAUCAAUCAAUUUUAUUCUUGGUAACCGCUCGAGAUCUCAAGGUGCUUAAUCCUUCGUUUCAACGCCCGUUAUCGAGUGAUUCUUUUAUGAAGGUAAGGUUUUUGAAUGAAGGAGAGAGCAAGGAGCUACUAUGCCACAGGGUGUUUGGUAAUGAUGAUUGCCCUAUUCAGCUUGACAAAGCCGCCAUCAAAAUUGCCAAAAAAUGUGAAGGUCUUCCUCUUACGAUAGUCACAGUGGCCGGCAUCCUGUCAAAAUCCGAGAAUAGAAAUCCAAACUACUGGGAUAAAGUAGCAGAAGAGAGAAAUUCAGUCUUCACAAAUGCAUAUAAAGAUAUAUCUAAGGUACUUUUCCCAAGUUAUGACUACUUACCUCAGGAUCUUAAAAUGACUUUUCUCUAUAUGGGUGUUUUCCCUCGAGAUUACGAGAUCUCCAUAUCAAAAAUUCUGGAUAUGUUUAUAGCAGGAGGGUACCACCUUGACAGAAGCUUGAUAAAGCAAAAUUUUAUUUAUCUAUUGAAUCAUUGGUUGCUCGACCUCUGUAUGUAUAAGAAUCUCGUGUUAUUCAAGAAGAAGACCAUCAAUUGGAAUGAGAAGCAAAUGUGGCAUCCCCUUUUCAAAACUUGUUUCCUUCAUUCUUCAUGGCGGUACCUGUGUAGAGACGAAGCCAGGAAGAACAAGUUUUAUCUUUCCUUAAAUAAGCUUGUUGAUGACCAAGAAGAAGGCGAAGAAGGUGUAGAAGGCGAAGAAGGUAUAGAAGGUCAGCGUGGUUUGUGUCUCGAAAAUAGAAACAGUUUAUUUGGCAACAAAGAUUUCUACAACUCAAUAGAGUUGAACUGUGCAUCCUCUGCACGUUUUGUCCUUUUCAAUGGUCCUUACCACCGGUAUCCGACCCCAAUAAAUGCCGGUUUCAAGUUGCUUAGGAAGCUAGACGCUCUUAAACUCCGUUUCUACAUUUUCCCGGUAGAAAUUCUAGCGCUUGUCCAGCUAAAGUACCUUGCUCUAACUUGCAACGGAGAUCUCCCUACAUCCAUAUCCAAACUUUUCAACCUUCAAUUCUUGAUCAUCCAUCCCCAUAUCAACAUUCAAUGUCUUAAAACAGUAUCAUAUGUACCAAUACAAAUAUGGGACAUGCAAGAGUUAGUACAUAUCGAGAUCCCAGGAAAGGACCUCGUAGCUCCAUAUCACGUUGCUUCCUUGGAAAACCUCUCAACACUCAUAGGUGUGAAUGCCAAUAUUUGCACUAUCAUCGAACUCUUGAGAAAGGCUCCUCGUGCAAGGAAACUAGACGUCCGGAUUGAGCUAACGCCUUAUGAUGACCAAACCAAUCUUUUGAGCUUCUUUAGUUGGAUUUCAUCACACAAAGAUUUGGAGAUACUAAAAUGUAGUAUAACAAAUCCUUGGGCUAAGUACCUCUAUCUUGCCCCACCCGCGGCAAUUCCAAGUCCAUUGAUGCUUCCACACCUUCUGAGAAAGUUACAUCUGAGUGGCAUGGGUUUUCCGUGGGAAUACGUGGAUGUCGUUGGCUCUUUGUCUGUACUUGAAGUUCUGAAGUUGCGAUCGUACGCCUUCAAGGGUUCAAAGUGGGAAGCGAAAAGGGGAAGCUUUUGGUAUCUUAAGUUUCUUAUGAUUGAAGACAGUGAUUUGGAGCAAUGGAAACCGAGUUUUGGAAGCUUCGGUAGCCUCACUUACCUAAGCAUGAAACAUUGCUACAAACUAAAAGAGUUGUGCUGGCCAUCGAUUUGUGAAAAUGGAAAGAUUGAGUUAGUGAACUGCAAUCCUUUAGCCUUGAAGUGUGCAGAGCAAUUACAACCCGAUCGAACUCACCUUGAGGUUACUGCCACUUCUUCUUUUGACGAGAAACCGGUUACUGUCAACUUCCAGCUGAGGCUGGUAAGAAAUACAAGCAUAGGCGGACAGCCGCAUUAGAGGGGAGAAGGUUAAGUUCUUACCAAUACCAGAAGGGGCUGGCGGCGGCGAAGAUCAAUGUGUGUUUAAAGGUUCUUUUAUGUAUGCUGAUAGAGAGGUCACCAUUAACAUGUUCUGCUACGCCAACAACAACAUCAUUUUCAUUUUUUUGAUUAGACCACAAUAAUCGAAAUUACUCAUUAAUCUGCACAUUUCUCUGGCAGUUUAUAUGGGAUCUGCAGAUUACUCUUUUGGGUGUUCACAUAUAUUAUUUCAUUCAAAAUUAAAUUACAUAAUUUACUACUAA